GGGUCAAGAGUGGUAACCCUGUGUACAUAUGAUAGAGGCGAGCUGCAAAAGUUUCAGAUUGCUCCAGUGGCAAUUAUAGUGCUUAUAAACUAACUAAAGUGUGCGAAUCUUGUGAAUUUUGAAGACCUUUGACUAACUCCUGGAUCGUGUUGAUUAAUCCUAUUGUGUUUAAUCGUGUUUAGAAUGAGUGAAGAACUCUCAAAAUGGACUAUUUAAGUGUGCGCGGAAUGGGCAAAGAAAGGAUUCUGGUGGUAGCCAAAGAAAAUGGAAGUUAUGGCCUGACUCUAUCCGGCGAUAAACCCGUGUACGUUCAGACGGUGCGAUCCAGUGGACCCGCAUAUCGAGCCGGUAUCCGGGAGAAUGACGUGAUUAUCCGCGUGAAUGGAACAAGUGUCGUGGGAUCUUUGCACGCAGAAGUGGUGGACAUGAUCCAAGGGCAUGAGUCCGUGACUUUGAGUGUGGUCGAUUCCACGAAUCGAGCCAAUGGGAAUCUGGGAUCUCCAAUUAGCCCCAAUAACAACAACCUCAGUCCUCGUGGAUCUCAAUUGAGCCUCAGCUCGUCACUCUCUUCUUUGAGCAUUAGAGGAAAUUCCAAAGAAAGGAUCACUGCUCCAAUCCCGGCCAACCCGAGCGUUCUAAAACCUCCAAAUAGUGGCAAUUUGCCCCGAAAAACUUCUGCCAGUUCCAUUUUGCGAAAGUUGAGUUUUGGUCGCUCAGAUCGGGAUGGCAAUAGCAAUAGUAGUGGCAAUCAAGAGGCGGGUGGCAAACCCAGAAGCUGGUCCGAGCGUUGGAGCUUUGGAAUUCAUUCGACAGCGGGAUGGCAUGGAAUUCCAGAGCCAUCUCAAUCUUCUCCUUGCCAAUCACCUUGGUUGCAUACUGAUGUUGUUCGACAGCUCCAGAACGAUAAGAUCCACACUGUGCAUUUAAUGGUUGAACAAGAGCAAAGAAAUGUGGACCAACUUCGACAGGAUUUGGUCCGACACUUCACACGGAAGCGACAGACGGAUCUGGAUCUAGCCACCAAACGAUUGGACAAGCUUAAGGGCAAGCUGGAGAAUUUGAAGAGACAAACGCCCGAAUCUUGUCCGACGUCUCUGCCUUUUCUGGAUCCUCGGGACACUCAAACGAACACGCCUUCUCCUCCACCUAGGCCUCUUGCGACCAUUCCGCCGCCCUUGCCGGCAAGGAAUAAAUCCAGUACGCCCAAUUUAUCGGGCACGCCCCCUCUUCCACCUCCAAGACCUUCGCCGAAUGUGGCGCCUUCCCCACCACCCAAAAAUCAUCUGAAUAAGAAGUCGCCCAAGCGAAGCAACACCACCGGAUCCAGUCAGGUGGGUCUCAACUCAGCAAACAACGGGACGAACCAUGGAUCAGCCAACAAUACGCCCACCCAUUCUGCUGCCUCACCAAAGACACCUCAUCACGAACGGACCAAGUCAAGUCCUACCAGUCUCAUGGACUUCAGCGAAAGCAAUGGAGCGUCCUCGAGUUUGAAUUUGGACUCUUCUCGGGGAUGGUUUGGCUUCGGCAGAAGGGAUGGUCGCGUCAGCCCCAGAUAUGAGACGCCCCCGGGAACGCCCCCACCUCCUUAUCGGGAUCGGAUUGAGAGUCCAAUGGUCAUUGGAUCGCCAACGAACGAGGUUCCCCUUGUUGGUCGUUCCACUCUGAGCUCGGCACCACCUUUCAAUGCAACAACGCCUGCGAGGCGUCGUGACAUGGGCAAUCCUGAAAAUAUAAACUUUGAUCAGUUCAAGAACAUGGAAGAGGAUGACGAGUAUGAUGACCACGGCGACGAGAGCACGCAAAAUGUCAUGAAACAUGUCUGGAACCUAAUUGCUCAUAAUGCUCAUUUAGCCGUGUUUAUCGUCUUCGUCAUGGAAACGGAACGUGAUCCCGCAGCUUUGUUCUUUUAUCUACUCACCGACCCGGUUCAUUAUCACAAGAAUCUGAAAGACAUGCAGAAAUGGGCUUAUGAAAUCCAUUCCACGUUUCUUCUUCCGGACGCGCCGCUAAGAGUCCCCAACAUCACGGCGCAAAUCGUGAACGAAAUCAACUCGGCCCUUGAGGAGCGCUUCGAUCAAGAUGAAGAGCAUAAGAAGCUUUUCGUAAAAGCUCGCUUCGUAGCCAAAAAUGCCGUUCGUCUUCAAUUGAAUGAUUUCAAAGCCGAGCGAUCCGCGGGACUUAGUCGGUUCUCCGGACCUUCCGAGUCCGACUUGAAGACCUGUGUUGAUAAUGUGGCCAAGGAAAUUCAAGUGAUCAACGAUCACCUCAUUCCUGUGAUUGACACUCUGAGCCAUGAUCUGGAGAACUGCACGAAUCGCACUUUGGCGAUCGCGUCAUGUUUGGCCACGAUCAUGUCCAAAAUAUUCAACGCCAAAAGCUCUCGGAAUGCGAGUUUCUUGGAUCGAUGCCCGAUGUUUCUGUCGGACAAGAAAUCUAAAUUGUUUGGCAAAAACGUCAAGAAAAUCCCGUUGAUGGGCCAUAAUUUCGAGCUCAAGCAAUUCACACACCCUACUUUGUGCAAUUUCUCCAAAGGAACGAUUUGGGGCAUUGGUCCCCAAGGAUACGCUUGUCAAAACUGUGAUUUUAAUGUGCUCAAAAGGUUCGUGAACAGAGUUGAGGAGCCUUGCAUGGAGAAGAGCCGCAAGGUCACGAAAACCACGCAACUCUCAAAAUUGGCCUCGGAUUUAGGCUUACCUCUGAUGAGAACUGCGGCACCUUUGCCAGGACGAGAAAGCCUGAGAAUCUUUAGCACGAACCCGGACGAGCUUGACAUCGGUGAAGUUCAACAUCCUCAAACCCGGGGGGCACUGCAUCCGUUGCCUCUGUCUAGUUCCCAAGUGCAAUCUCCCGGUGAUAAUCCUGACCAUUCGAUGCCCACUUCUAGUUCUGCAAUCAAUUUGAACUCAACUCCAGAUGCAAGUGGUCCCUCACCUUCAGUGCCUGUUGGAUCCAAUGAGAAGUUGCAUCUUUCGCCCGCUAGAGGGCAUCUCAAGGAUGCUGCGGCAGCCAGCUCAUCUCCAAAAGCUGGGAACAGAGUGGACCGCUCCCAGAGUUUAAGAGACCAGGAAGCGGUAAGUCGAGGACAAAAGCGUGGAACCCCUGGCCGUGAAAGGCGAAAAAACUCCGAUCCCAACCUUCCUCGGGGUGGAACAAGGCAAAGUGACGUCGAAGUCGAAAUUCCACCUCAUCAACAAACAACCAGCUCAGGGAGCUCAACAUCUAGUCUGUCAGCCAGUCGGUCGUCAGUUGAUAGUCCAGCCGGAUCCCAGGAAAUGGUGACCGCUGCGUCCGCCAGUGCCGUUCCAUCGUCGUCCACGCCGAUAUCCAGUCAUUCACAAGCCUUUAGAUCCCCCGGGCCCCAGUCCCUGGAACAUCAUUAUCACACCAUCGAUGGUGAUGACUUCGAGGCCCCUGAUUCGGACUAUGAGCCCUCCACAGAGGACUGGCGAAAGGCCCUGGCCAAAGAGGAUCUCGAUCGUUUGGGGAAGAAGGAAAGCCAGCGGCAAGAUGUUCUCAAUGAGCUUUUUAACACAGAAAGAAGUCAUGUCAGGAAUUUGAAGGUUUUGGACCGCCUCUUCUAUCGUCCUCUUGUGGCUGAAAGUGCGCACUCGCUUGGACAACACAAGGAAUUUGUCGAGAGCUUAUUCCCUAAUCUCCCUGAUGUCCUGGCUUGGCACACCAAAUGCAAUCAGAAGAUGAAGGACAAGGUCAAGAGGCUGGGAUACCCUGUGGGCAACAUUGGUGACAUUCUAAGUGAAAUGUUCUUCGGCGAUAAUGGAGACAAGCUAAUCGAGAUCGGGUCGACUUUCACCAAGAACCAAAAGUUCACCAUCGAAGAACUCAAGGACAGGAGGAAACGCGAUCAACGCUUCGACAAGUUCCUGACCGAAACCGAGAACAAGCCCGAAUGUCGGCGACUCCAACUGCAGGCCUUGUUACCCAUGGAACACCAAAGGCUGGUCAAGUACCCUCUGUUGCUGAACCAGUUGUGGAAGAAGGGUAGUGAGAUUUGUGAUAAGACUGAGCAAGACAUUGUCCAUAGUUGUCAAGAGCGGACCUGUGUCAUUCUGGAAAAUAUUGACAGGCGGGUGGCCGAGGCGCAGAAUAUGCAUAUGAUGGCGGAAAUCCAGAAGAACUUGGACACCUCGGGUCUUGAUAAAUUGCCCGAUAGUCCCCUCUACAAGGAGUUCAGGAAAGUGGAUCUUACCCAACACACUCUACUCUAUGAUGGCGUUCUAACCAUGAAAUUGGGCCAAAAACCAAAAACCAAAACGGUGGACUUGCAUGUUCUUCUGCUGGAAGACUGUGUCAUGCUUUUGCAAAAGCAGGAUGACAAGUACCUUCUCAAGUAUCACAUGACCAAUUCCUUGGCUAUGACUGCGGCCAAUCAGUCGAACAUGGGCAAAACUUGCUUUGCCCCAAUCAUUAAGGUGUCCAACCUUCUCAUCAGGCCAAAUGCAACAGAUAAACGCUCUUUCUACCUCCUCAACAACAGUCCAAAUGGUCCUCAAUUCUAUGAAUUGGCAACCCAAUCAAGUACAGAUCGCGCACAGUGGUUCAAACAUAUCACUGAGGCCACCAACGCUUUCAACUCUCGAGAUGAAUCCCAACGCGCCAGCGACCGAUCUGGCUCGGACCUGUCUUCACAGAACGGUCCUCUGGAUGGAUCCAGUCAAGCGGGUGCUGCCAAUGAUCUCGUGGGUGGACCUGGAUAUGAGGGUGGGAAAGCCAGUGGGCGUUCCGAAUCGUUCAAGAGCGCGAAGCACGAAAGUGAUCGCGACAGCAAUGAGGACAGCGUCAGCAAGAAGACAGGUGACGGUAAUGUCAAUCAGUCCAAUGAUCCGGCAAACUCAAGUAGUUCCGGGCAGCGCAAGCGCCUUCAACGGGUAGAGAUCCUCAAAAUUGCAGAGCCAUGUCCAUUGAUAGAUCCUUCCCAGGUGGUGGUCACCCAAGGGGAGAUCUUCAUGGCCGAGCCUAUUCUUACGCCCAUAGAGAAACUACGUCGAAAAGAUUUAGAGGUGGCCAGAGCUCUCGAGGAAAAGAAGCAACUGUUAGCAGAGAUACUAAAUGUCCCAACAGAGCAUUUUGACGAUAUUGCGGACAUUGCCUCGUCACAGCCUUCCCACGACAAGGAUGCUCGCGAAGUUCUCCUUGCAGCCUUGGCACAAGCCAAAUCCCUGUGCGACCUUGUUAACCAAAUCCUCAACAUGAAUGAUGAAGACCGCAUGGUUUUAGGCUCAGAGGUGUCUUUGAACUCGUCAUAUACUCGGAACACUUCAAGUUCGUCCAGUUCCACCCGAGAGCAACAACGGCCCUUAUCCCCGACUAGUGGGAUAAGUGGAGACGUGUCCACUGCCGGCAGUGGACCGUCAUCAUUGAUGUCUUCGAAACUCUCUUCUUCCAAUUCGACGACCCGACAACUGCAUCCACUAACAGGGCGGUCUGCCGGGAAGCUUGUUAGCAUUUCAGUCAACUUGAACAGUCAGUUAACCACACUCUUGGGCAAGAUCCAAGAGCUGGAUGAGGAGCGUGAACGCAUGAAACGGGAGUUGCAACGCUCUCAAGAACAAGUCCAUGCUUACCUCUCCCAAUCGACGUCAGUUAGGACCAGUUCCAUGUCUGCUGUGAGUCCGGGAUCGAGGCCAGCCUCGUUCAUUUCAGUGGAAGAGAGCUCGGGGGCCGGGGAUCUCUCGGAAAAGGGUACCCAAGAGAGUGGUGGAGAAGAUGAUGCUCUACCCACUAACAUGUACGAAAAUAUCUCGUCAAGUGAUCAGGACCUUCCCGAGCCAGUAACACCCACUAAUGCAAAACCAUUGGAGGAACCACCUGCUUCCAGCUCCGAUGAUUCCCCAUCCAGUCCGGGGCCAUACACAUCUCUAAAUAAAGAGGAAUCUCUCGAGAACUCUCCUAGUGAUUCGGAUAAGACAGUUACUGAGUCGACACCUACCUACAACGAGGAAGCUCCGCCUUCGAACGAAACCGCCCCUGGACCCGAUGAGACUGAAGAUUUGGAUUUGGCCGGAGCCAAUGCAACUGCGUCCCCAGUCCAGGAAACCGAGGAAUAACGCCGCAGUGUAAUUCCUUGUAGUCGGUGCCAAACCGUCGAAUUGAAGGCUUCCCUUCCGUUUGUAGGACUAGUCAGUGUUCCAUAUCCCUCUUUGCGUAGAGGAAUCACAAGUGCCACCACCCAGAAGCAGAGUUCCUCUUUCCCAUCUGACCAUUUCGUGUGCUUGAAACUUUGGAUCCCAAAUCGCGGCGCUUUUCCGCCGCGAAAAAAGCGGUCCGAAAAGUCUUGGGCGCAUAAGAACAAAAAACGCGUGAAAUCUGAACAGAAUCGCCAAGAUAAUGCGCAGAAAUCACAUAUUGACGUUGCCACAUUCCAUUUACCAUAUUCAUUUUGAUUUCUGUCCUUAUUACGGGGAAACUACUGACGCUCUACUUUGAUGUUGAUGUGAAAGAGAAGCAAGAGAAAGUCCAUGCAUGAUCGUACGAAAAGCAAAACAGAGAAAAAAAACUAGCUUUUGGGGGCUCAUUGUACCCUGACCCAAGACUGGUCGCCGGGGUUGGCGAUAUUGAACAGAAACACACACCCACACACACAUAUACACAACAACUCGGUCCUGUCCUUGCUUUCCUUGGACGGCUUUUAACCAACUGUGAAUCGACUACUCGGUUCGUUUCGGCAAAAUGUAUCGUUGUUUGAGAAGAGGAAAUGAAGAGUAUCGCACUUUAAGAAAGAAAAGUAUUAAGUAUUUUCAUUUGUUUCUGUGAAUGUUGGAUCAUCAUUCUAUUUUUGCAGUUAUCCCAAGUUGAUCGUCAUUGCAACCCCAAAUUGGAAAGCCACCCAACCUCAGUCUCCUCAUGUUCCUCAUUUUCAAAGAUCCUCCUCCUCCCUCAUCCAACUCGAAAAGCCAACCCAUCCAAGUGUAAAUAGGUCAAAAGAACGCUAAAUUGUGAUGAUACCGAAGCAAACUAAAUGCAAGGAAUCGAACCUUAACAUAGAAACAACUACUUACUCCAAUCAAAAACAAAAACAACCCGCAAAUUGAUCAAACCAAUCUGCUUUGCACCUACUUUCGUUCUCCUUUUGAAUUGCCCAUUGCCAAACAGAUGGACGAUUUUUAAAAAUCCGACAAGGACUUAGUUUUCAUUUCCUGAUUUUUUCCCUAUGAUGUGAUCAUUUUCUAUCUCAACUACGUCCUGAUGAGUUUUACCUUCGCUGACACGUCUUCUUGGUCCACUGAAUUACUCUCGUCGGAAAGAGUGAUUCUUUGCCGCUUCCACAUCACCUUCAUUUUCUCUCUCACCCUUUAUAAUCCUAUAUCCUCUAUAUAUUAUCUUAUGAAAGAAGAAGAAAAAAAGGUUGAUUAUCAUCAUUAUUAUUAAUAUUAUCAUUAUUGCUAUCAUCCAUGUUACGUAAUUUACCACACGAACACAAAUGUAAAUAAAAAUGAAGAAGGAAA